AUGAGUUUCAAUCAAAAUGCUUUUAAAGCACACUCCCUCUCUCUCUCUCUCUCUCUCUCUCUCUUCCCCCCCCCCCAUCUAUAGUCUUAUUUCCUAAGUCUAGCCUUAUUAAGACUUUGUAACUGUUAAAUAGUGGAAUAUACUUCCUUACAUAGCCACAACACACAAUUCAUUUCCAAUUCAAUUAAAUUCAUCCUCCUUUUACCCUUUGCUAUUAAACCAGGUCUUAGUUCCCAACAAAGUGAGAAAUUCCCACAUCUUUUGUUUUUUUUUGGAAUUUUUCCCCACAUGAAGAUCCAAUUACCAGAGCCGUGUCCCUCUGAAAGUUCAAGCAUCAUCUCAGUUUCAGAGGCUCUGCAACCAUCAAGCAUACAAGUCUCAAUGGAUAUCCAAAAGCAGAGGAAUCAACCAGAGGAAGAAGAAGUAGAAGAACAACAAGAACAAGAUGGAGAUGGAGAUGAAGAAGAAAAGGUUAAGAAGGCCGAGGAAGGUGAUCAUGAAGAUCACAAUAAACACCAAGAAGAAAGCAAAAAUUCUCAUCUUGUGUUGGAUCUAAGCCUCUCCAAUGAAGAUUCGAAGCCAGAACUCAAUCUCAUAGACUCCUUCGAAUCGAAUUCAUCGAGGAAUUCUUCUGACACCGAUACUCAUCCUCAUCAAGGUAAUGAAACUGAGCCGAGAGUUUUCUCAUGCAACUAUUGCCAGAGGAAGUUUUACAGCUCACAGGCACUUGGAGGCCACCAAAAUGCUCAUAAGCGAGAGAGAACACUAGCAAAGAGAGGACAUAAGAUUGGUAUUGCCUCAACGGCUUUUGGGUUUCCAACUUCUCUACCCCAUAGAUACUCCAGCAUAGCUUCUCUGCCACUGCAUGGCUCCUUCAAUAAGUCUCUUGGUAUUCAAGUGCAUUCCAUGAUUCAUAAGCCUGCUUACCAACCAAACACAAACACAGUUGCUACUUCUCAUCUUUAUGGUCGAAACGGAUGGCUCAGAUUCCCUAUUGAUCAGCAACCUGCAAUUGGACGGCAUGUUUUGGAGAAUCUUCAUGUGGGAACGGCCUUAGGAUCUUCCUCGUCGUCCACUGGUGGAGCUGCGAGAUUCGAAACCGCUCGGAAGUUUUCACAGGCGACUGAAGGAACUGGAGGAGGGUUCUGUUGGAAUAGUGUUGGCUUUUCAAAGACCAAGCAAGAUGAAUUGCAGAAACUUGACUUGUCCCUCAAGCUUUAAUUAAAAAGCUCCCUUAUCUUUUCCUUUUCUUUUAAUUAAAUUUUCUUUUCUUUUCUUUUUCUUUUUUUUUUUUUUUUUUGUUCCACUUUGAAUUGUGAUUUUAAUUGAUUUACUUCCUUAUUGUCUAGUUGCAACUUCUUGUAAAUUGUUCUUUUGGGUACAGAACACAUUUUGAGAGAUUUUUAUUUUUGAUGAAAAUUCUUGUUUGUCUUAAAUUCCAAAAUAGUUCCGUAUAAAAACAAAAUGCCAUAUACGGUGUGGUUGGGAAGUUGGAAGUUGGAAGUGAUUAGAAUCAGACAACUU